AUGGAAAAUCCAAUCCGACGAGGUCCGCGCCCUCCGAUUGUCGAUCCAUUGACGAUCCGUUGGUCGGCGGUGCUUUCGGUGGGCAGCCGAAUUUCACGGCAAGCUCGAAGAAUCCCGAUAGAAGCAACAAGCACUCGAAUUGGGAUUUCUAGUGCUCGUGGAUCGUCGGCGCGCACGUCCUUCUCGUCGCCGGAAAACUGGCGGCUCUACUUCUUGCUGAGGAAAGUGACAGAUUUUUGGGAACUUUCUGAGGGAUUUUUUCCGGAUGCGGACGGCUUGCUGCGUGAAUCUUGGGUCUUUAUGGAUUUGCUGCAUGAAUGGAAAUCUGUAACUGAUUUGAAUACAUUGCUCAUCAGGGCUCAGGUUCGUGUUCAGCUAUUUUCAAGCUUUCUCACUGAAGAAAAAUCAAUCGAGGCAGAAAAUAAGGAAAAAGGCAAAACAAUGGCUGACGAAGCUGUCAGAACUGCAUUUCUAGAAAUCCAAGGUCGCAUGAUCGAGACAACAGGGAAAUUGAAGCAGGUUCAGACUCAGCUGCGAAAUAAAGAAGGGGACAAGAAACGUGCUUAUUUAACGUUGGAGGAGCUCAAGCAACUGGCAGAAGAUACAAAUACCUAUAAAUCCAUUGGCAGGACGUUUAUAUUAGAACCCAAGUCAGUUUUGAUGGAAGAACAACAACAGAAGUUCAAGGAUAGUGAAGCUGCUAUUUCCUCUCUGCAGACAUCAAAGGAGUACUUGGAGAAACAAAUGGCCGAGAUUGAGAACAACCUGCGGGAGCUUUUACAACAGGACCCUGGUCUUGCUCGUCAGAUCAUGGCCAUGUCCGUAUAAGUUUUAUACCAUGCGAAAUUUGAUGCUUAUUAUUUUGCUGGCCUUUUCUUUUUUUACAGACAGCAUUCUAGUACCACAAGUGUGAUUUUGCUUUCUUGGUCUUCUUUUCUUAUUUGACUGUUAACUUGCAUUGCGUACUUGUUGCGCAUUUGGGGAUAUGUUUACCGAAUUUGUUCCGGUUCUUUUGAUCAUGAAUUUGAUUGGGAGUUACGUAUUUGUGUUUCUAUUGACUUGAGUGCAGAAUGACUUUGAGGAAGAUAGGUUAUUAUCAUGAUAUCAUUCUAGACAAUCACAAGAACUAAGAGGUUUUUAGCUUUAAUUAUAAUUGCUUUAUGAACAAAAG